ACGGAAACCGAAUGCGUAUAUAUACCAUGCCCAACGUAGCGUUUCGACCGACAUACACCUCCCGAUACAAACAACCCGAAGAAACGAUGUCGACACCCAACCAUCCUGACAUCCUCGCGUCCCUGGAUGAAAUCGCGCCGCCUGCAGGACCCCAAAACCAAGGCUACAGCCACGAUGACAUCUUGGCUAUCCUCGCGCAACUCGACGAGACGAAACUCUCCCCAGCUUUGGUAGACCGGGUCAGAGACCAACUCGAGCGGGAAAGCGUGGCGCGACGAAUCCACGAAACACGAGCAGAAGUAGUUAAUCUCCUCGUGCAAGAAAUCUUUGACAAAGACGCAUUAUAUCAACAAUGCCGCCGUCACAACGCCCGACACGCUGGACUCACAGCAAUCUUCCGGGCCGUAGGCUUGCCUACUGGCGCAUUAGAUCCUUCGCACCCGUUCUGCAAGGCAUUGACCAAAGCCUUUUCGGCUGCCGCCAGGGCACGACCUCCACCAUCACCACCACAAUAUUGA